UAAAAAUUGAAAUAUUACAUAAAAAGAAAAGGAAAACAAAGAGGGGAAAAGAGGAGAGAUAUGAAGAAAUCAGGCGGAGCAGAGAAGAAAAGGGUUAGAAGAUCACCAGGAUCCGUACAAAACGGCACCAGAGAUUCCAAUUCCGAUACUCCUCCUAGGAAACAAUCAGCACAGAAGGAUGUGUUUCAGCUGUUUGCUGAGAAGGUGAGAGACCACAAAGGCUUGGUUUCACGUUGGGCAGUGUUGCAAGAGACACGUGUUGAAUACUUUAGAGGGAAGGAUUUUGUAAAUUUUCUGAAGAAUAAUUCAGAGGUCAAAGAUAUCUUGGAAGGAAAUAAAAAUCUCGACGUUGAAGAAAUUGUUAAUGCUUUAUUACAAAAGAAUCUCUUAGUUCGUUGCGAUCGGGUGGUGAAAACAUUUCGUCCUGGGAAGAAAAAGUUGUCUACCUGGCCAGCUCAUUUGGAGAUCUUCCCUGACCAAAUAUUUUCAGAAUAUGAUGCCUUUUUUGCAUGGACAUUUGUAAAACGACGUCCGUUGUGGCAGACUCUCCUCUCUUUUUUUUGGCCAGUUUUGACUCUAGCGAUUUGCCUAUUUCCUGUCUAUCCUCAUUCGUGCAAGCUAUUGAUUCUGUACUCAUGUGCUGGUGUGCUUCUUCUAAUUCUCUCCCUGCUUCUGGUAAGAGCUACAACAUUUGGAGCUUUAUAUGUCCUUCUCGGAAAGCGUGUUUGGAUUUUCCCUAACAUUCUUGCUGAAGAAGCCACUUUGCGAGAACUGUUCCGUUUCUGGCCCAAGAAAGAUGAGGAGGAACGACCUAAGUGGACAACGAGGCUUUUCUAUGCAGUAGCAGCUCUGCUGGUCAUAUUACUGCUCAGGCACCAUGCGCCUGAUGAGGCUGCUAGAGCUAGGUAUCAAAAGCGUAUGUCCAACAUCAUCGAUGAUGUUCUCGAGUGGUCUCCAACUCUGGCACUGUCUGGAAUGAUGGACAAACAGCAGAAUCUGUUUAAUUCCACAGAGGCUAACGACACUUUUGCGGAUGAGAGUAAGACAAACUCGGAGCAAGUGGAGGAUGAAGCAUUUGGAAACGUAGAGGACAGUGAUCAAACUAAGCAUGAAGCAUCUGGAAACGUAGAGGACAGAGAUCAACCUAAGCAUGAAGAUCAUAUAUAAUAGUAGAACGUGCAAUACUAAGCAGAGGAUAGAUACAUUACCUUCUUUCUUUGAGUUUUUUUUUAUCUUUAAUUUUGAGUGUAAUACUGUAAUCAAACAGUAAAAUAAAGCAGUUGGCUUUUAUUUAAUGGCCCCGUUUAUAGAA